AUGGACCUUGCUGCAGCCAUAGCCAUUUCAUUCCUUCUUCACCUCAUAAUCUCUCUUCAUCUCUGCACAUCAUCAACCACAGACACCAUCAGCUUCAACCAAUCUCUUGCAGAUGGUCAAGUGCUGGUCUCCAAUGGCGACCAAACCUACACUCUCGGCUUCUUCAGCCCCGCUGCCGGGAAUUCGAGCAAUCGCUACCUCGGAAUAUGGUACACCAACGUUCCGGGCCAGACCGUCGUCUGGGUCGCCAACCGAGACGACCCGAUCAACGACACAACCGGGUCGCUCUCGUUCGACCAGCGGUCGAACGACCUCGUCCUGCAACGACGGGGAACCACCGGGAACCCCGUCACCGUGUGGUCUGCAACUAUCUCGACCGCGGGAAGAAAUUCGAUGGCCAGGCUACUGGAUGGAGGUAAUUUCGUUGUGCUUCAGUCCGACAGUACGACGGUUGUGUGGCAGAGUUUUGAUCAUCUAACAAAUACCAUCUUCCCGAACAUGAAGUUCGGGUUGGACCUAAGGACCGGAUUCAACCGAUCGCUUAGGUCCUGGAAGUACCCCGACGAUCCUGCGUCGGGGGACUGGUCCAUGGGCGUGGACCCAAGGGGAGUGCCUCAGAUGAUCAUUUACCACCGCAACGAUCGGACCAAACGGUGGCGUUACACCCCGUGGAACCGAAACGCGAUCCACGAAUCCGUGGGCGACAAGAAGAAGAGCAGCGAGACGACCACUGCCUGGGCUUUCCGAGAUCCGGCGAUCGUGUCGAGGAUGUACCUGGAUUCGUCCGGGUUCAUGAAGAUAGACAUAUGGCAGAGUGAUCAGAAGGGUGGUGGUGAAUGGGUCGAGUUCAGUUCCGCGCCAAAGGAUCCGUGCGACUACUACGGCCGCUGCGGUCCGAACGGAAACUGCGACCCUUAUCGAGCAGGGGAGCUGGAGUGCGAUUGCCUACCUGGGUUCCAGCCAAAAUUUCCGAACCAGUGGUCCGUGAGAGAUGCGUCAGGUGGGUGCGCCAGGAAACGGCGUCGUCUCUCGGGAGAUUCGACCUGUAAUUCGGACGGUGAAGGGUUUGUGAAAUUGGAAAAUGCGAAAGUUCCUGACACUGUGACAGGGCGACUGAAUGUUGGUGUGGAUUUGGACGCCUGCAGAGCAGAGUGUCUGAAGAACUGUUCUUGCACGGCUUACGCGAAUGCGAAUGUGACGAAUGGAAUCGGGUGCGUGACGCUGUAUGGGGAUUUGAUUGAUACCAGAGUGUUUACUGAUGGUCGACAGGAUUUGUUCGUGCGAGUGGAUGCAAUCGAGUUGGGUGAAUACAUGAGAAAGUCGGAAGAGCAGAGUGAAGGCAGGGGAGGCAGCAAUCGGAUUAUUAAUGGAGUACAGUAUGAUGCUAAGAAUAAGAACUUGUACGAGAAGGAUUCAUCUGUGUCGAUUUUCGUCGUUAAUGACAUAUUUGCUGCUACGGGGAAUUUCUCUCUGGCCAACAAGAUUGGACAAGGUGGUUUCGGAUCUGUUUAUAAGGGUUUGCUAGCCGACGGGCAAAAAGUUGCAGUGAAGAGAUUGUCGCAAACUUCAAGCCAAGGUAUUGAAGAGUUUAAGAAUGAAGUGAAGCUAGUUUCCAAACUCCAACACAAGAAUCUAGCGAGAUUGUUUGGUUGUUGCAUUCACGGAGAGGAGAAAAUGUUGGUCUAUGAGUACUUGCCAAACAAGAGCCUUGAUUUCUUCAUCUUUGUAAAUAUAGAUAAAACGAAAGGCUCAUUAUUAAACUGGAAGACACGAUUUGAUAUAGUGAUCGGAAUUGCUCGAGGGUUAUUGUAUCUACACAGAGAUUCAAGGUUGAAAAUUAUUCACAGAGACCUAAAGCCUAGUAAUAUACUAUUGGAUGCCACAAUGAACCCCAAAAUUUCAGAUUUUGGGAUGGCUAGGUUAUUCGGGGAGGAUCAAACAGAGGCAAAUACAAACAGAGUUAUGGGAACAUACGGAUACAUGUCACCAGAAUACGCAAUAAAAGGCCUAUACUCCACGAAAUCCGACGUCUUCAGCUUUGGGAUACUCGUACUUGAGAUUGUCAGUGGCAUGAGAAGCAACCAUUGUUACAAAGAAAAUCCAUCAUUGAGCUUGAUCGGACACGUAAGUUUCAUGUCCAUUACAAAUGAAACGAAGCUGACCUGAGAAUUUAACCUAAUUAAUUUAGUAUGUACCUUACACCAGGUGUGGGAUUUGUGGAGGGCAGGAAGAGCAUUGGAGAUAGCAGAUUCAUCGACUAUGGGAGAAUCAUAUUCUGCAGAUCAAAUGAUGAGGUGCAUCCAAGUAGGCCUUUUAUGUGUUCAGGAAUCUCCAACGGAUAGGCCAACCAUGUCGAAUGUUGUCUCCAUGUUGGGUAAUGCAACCACUCUUCCAUCUCCCAAGGAGCCUGCAUUCAUACUUGUAAGACAAUACGAUGAUGCAGACUCAUCGGCUGAUGAUAGACUUGCAGUUAUUUCCAUCAAUCAUGUGUCAAUAACAACUAUGGAAGCACGAUAAGUGACAGUACAGAGAUUACCAAGUACACAGAUGUGAACUUCAGGAUCUUAGAACUCGGCUAUGCUGCUAGUAUAGGCUCCCUCCCAAGUCUCUUUGGCCGCGAGAGAUAUCGUGAAUGACUGAGCAUGUAGCGCAAUGCAGUUACAGAAAGGAAAAGGCUAAAUGGCCCAGGCCCUGGCUUCCUGCAGUUCUCAGUGUCUCUAGUACCUGCUUUCUUCAGCUAAAUUCCUUGGCUACAGAAGGUCCAGGUAGCAAAGCGAGUGCAGAGAUGAACCAUCCAGACCAAUACUACGAGCCACUUGGAGGAGGUACUCUAUGUCGAUCUCAUCAGGGUGAUGCUGGAACAACUUGAAGUUGGCUGCAAAAUCCCCCCACAGUAACGUACUCCUCAAGCACACCAACAUUGCACAAGAAAUCCUCAGCAGCAUAUCCUUCAGCAUCACAACAAUACGCAUGAGAUUGAGAGAAUCCUCAAGACCAAGAGAGAGGCCUGAUCUCCAAAUAGAUUACUCAGAAGAGAGUCCCAAAUCCUUAAUAUGGACUGGAAUCCGAAUUCUUCAGUCAGUAGCAGAGUUAUCUACCUGAAUGCAUAGACCUGAGCAUACACCUGUUUCAUUUGCAUCAUCAACAUACUGCAUCUUAGUUCCUCAACUGGGAUUUUAUGGAUCCAACCCUCUUAGGGUCAGAAACUGACCUGGCUAGUGUUUUCAAGAUGGCGCCACAGCUUCUCGUGGGCCAUUUAGACACGACAGAGCAUUAAAAACUGUCUGCUUCUACAUUUGCCUGGACAGAGCAUUAAUCCAAACAAAAUGAAUUGAGACACUACAUAUUGCUUCAAACAAAGAAGUCUUUAUAUUUUAACUUUUACCAGAUCUUGUUCAUCGUAUGUGGUACUAAAAACGUAGAAAAUGGGUGCCAAAACCUCAUUCAUGUCUUGCACAUAACCAAUAGUUGGGUUCACUUUGGCAAACAGCAGAAGAAUGUCCCUCAUUGCUCCCUGCAACAAAACCUGAAUUUCUUAGAAAUGGCAGAAACCCAUAAAACUGAGGUGUUGAGAUAACCAAGUCAUAAGACACAAGAACACAAACCUUGUUCUUCCUGAUGGAGGAUGAAUCUCCGAAGAAGAAAUUUAUGUCCAGAUGAGUUCUAUCCACAUCUCGAUCAAUUUGUUCAGCAAUCUCUCCAUGCUACAGGAAGUAUUGAUGCCAAACAGUAGCUUUCACAUCAUUAAGUGCCCGAUCUUCAAUUCCAUGAAGCUGGAGCUGUCCAGCAACAUCAGCUUCAUCAUCCAAGGCCUCGUAUUUUGCUCUCCAAAGCUCAGACUG